AAGUUUAAAUGGUUAGGAGACUUUGAAGAGCUGAAAUUGUUUGUAGACGGGUAUUUGAAAAUCACAGGAACGUGGAGCUACAUGACGAACAAUGGCGGCUUUCAUACGAUGAAAGCCGAAGGUGCCUCCAUAAGCUUUUAUCCUGGAACAAAAACACUCAAUGUACAAGGGUCUAAAUCCGAAAUUAUCGGCCAGAAGCUACUACAAUUUGCAAGUACAGGUAGCGAGGAACAAAGCCAUUUUGCAGCAUCAAAUAUUCAAACCAAUUUCGUAAGUGACGAUGACAACGAACAACAAGAAGGUCUUGAAGAACAUGAGACUUUGUCUUCGGACGAGAUUACCGAGGACUUGAAUGCUCAUACCAAAUGUUCCAGGGUCAUAGAAGCCGCAAUUCGCGAGUUCAGACUCGAGGUUGGCAAACUGCGUUCGAAAUUCGCUGAACUUUCAAAUCUUUCAACAGCGAAAAGAUCUGAUGAAACCAGACUUCACGAUGAAAACAGAGACCUAAAACAGAAGUUACAAGAAUUAGAAAUGCAGUAUGAUUCUCUAAAGCGUGAAUCUAGAGCCAUCCAAGAUGAAAACAAAAGCUUAUUGACGGCCCUACGAUUGCUUAGUAGCGAAAUUCCAAGUGAAACCAAGCAUACAGCUCCCGAAAUUAAUGUACAAGCUGACGGGGAAUGGACUCAAGCCAAAUCAUCGAAAAGAGCAAAACAAUCAACCUCCAGUCUGAGUUCGAACAAACUCUGUAAUCAAGCUGAUGAAAAUAAAGAAGCAGCUCAUGCCUCUCCUCAAACAACUGAACACUCAGCUGAACAAUCAGGUACUCAACAAUCCAAAGGUAAGAGGAGUGUCUUGUUGAUCGGUGAUUCUAUGAUUAAAGCGAUUGAAGAGCAAAAACUCUCCAAGUCUCAGUCUGUUAAGAAA